GGUGCGGGGCGGCGGGCGGCCCUACCCGGUGCGGGGACUGCUGCAGGCGGACGGAAUGCUGGAUGAGCUCAUCCGGCACUGGUACGGCCUGGAGGCCACUGCCGCGGGUGUUAGCACUGGCUGGCGGGGGCUGGACGAGCUGUAUCGGGUCACUCCGGGGGAGCUGAGCAUCGUGACAGGUGUCCCCAACAGCGGCAAGUCUCACUGGCUGGACGCCCUGGCGGUGCGGCUGGCGGACAGUGCGGGGUGGCGCAUCGCGUUCGCCUCAUUCGAGAAGAGCGUCGUACGACACGCGCAGAACCUCAUCGAGCUGGCAGCACGCCAGCCCAUGUUCGACCCCCGCGGCCUGCCCUCCAUGCCCCCGGACGACUUCUUCGCCGCUCUGGACUUCGUGGACCGCCACUUCCUGCUCAUCCGCCACCCGGACAUGGCGGACGAGCCGCCGCCGCCCGCCGCACUCAGCUCCCUGGGCCCCGCACUGGGGGGGCCGGAGGGGGGGGCGCAGGCUGCAUGGGGGGCGGGAGCGGAUGGCGGCGGGGCGGAGGGAGGCGGGAAGGGGGAGGAGGAGGUGGAGGAUUGGCUGGCGGAGGCGAGGCAGCCCUGUACCAUUGAUUGGGUGCUGGGGAAGGCGACACAGGCGGUGCAGAGGUACGGCAUCCGCGGGCUGGUGAUCGACCCCUACAACGAGCUGGAGCAGCGGCGAGGCAGCAUGUCGGAAACCGAGUACGUCAGCUCCAUGCUCAGCAAGGUGAAGCGCUGGGCGCAGCGCUACCAGGUGCACGUGUGGCUGGUGGCUCACCCCAAGUCCAUGGAGGACUGGGACGGGUCGCCGCCCAGCAUGUACGACAUAUCGGGAUCGGCGCACUGGUACAACAAGGCGGACAUGGGCAUUGUCGUACACAGGUACACGCGUGUGGCCAUGGACGCGGCUCUCCGGCGACGUGCCGCCUCCUCGCGCCCCUCCGGCAAGCCGCUGCACUUCCCCUGGAGCGAGAAAGAGACGCUCAUCAAAGUGCUGAAGGCUCGCAACCGCACCAGCGGCACGCAGGGCGACUACACGCUGCUGUACGACAGCGCGCACUGCAGCUUCCGGGACCCCAGGGAGGAGGGGUGAAGGAUGAGGUCGAUAACGCGAUGGGGG